CCUUUUCCUGUGGUGCCGGGAAAUCGAUCGCCUACCAUGCUAUACUAGGAGGCGGCCACGCACGGCGGGAGGAUUAUUCGCGGCGAGCAAGGAGAGGCGGAGGUGGAUGGCAACAAUGUCGGAGCUGCUCCUUGCUAAAACGUUGACUCGCGAAGUUCUCUUUCUUGGCCCCUUUAAUUAAUGGCAGCCAAGUCCGGCGGCCGCUUGGUGGCGCGGCGCGGCGGCGCGGCGGUCUGCGCCGCCGCCGCCACUGCUUUGCCCACAUCCACCACGGCGUCGCCCCAGCACAUAGCACACUACCUCGCGCAUAACCCUAGGGUGACCUGGGAGGCGCUCUCCGCCACGUUCCCCACCGCCGCCGUCGCCGCCGCCGAGGCUCCCGACAGGCAAGUCGUCGACGCUGUGCUCCUCUCUCUUGCCAAGAACUCUAGCCCCUCGUCCUCCGAGACCAUCGCCAAGAACGCGCACUCCUUCUUCCACUGGUCCGCCGCCGCCGCCUCGCCGUCUCCCCACUCGCUCCGCUCGUACUGCCUCAUCGUCCACCUCCUCUCCCGCGCGUCCCUCAUCAGCCACGCCUCCGUGCUCCUCCAGUCCGCCAUCGCCCGGCACUCCUCCUCUACGCCCGCUUCCUCCUUCCUGGACGCCUUCUUCUCCGCCUACGAGGACAGCGGCGCCGCCGCGACGACCCGGGGCCUCCACCUGCUUGUGCACUCCUACGCGCAGCUGCGCCGUCCGGAGGAGGCCCUGGAGGCUUGCCACUACCUGGCCCGCCGCGGCGUGCUCCCCUCCCUUUCUGCCUUCAACGCCGUGCUGCACGCCGCGCAGCGCACCGGACGGUUCCAGGUCGCCUGGGAGGUGUUCGAGCUAAUGACGCUCAAGCGGGUGUAUGCCAACCAGGGCACCGUCGAGCUUGUUAUCGGCGUGCUGAGCCGGGAGGGUGCACUUGCCAGGAUGGCAGCCCUUGUGGAGAGGAUUCAUGGCAAGAAGUGCACGCCAGGCAUCGUGGCACACGUCGCACUGGCACUGUGGAUCUUCAAGCAGGGCAGGACGGAGCAAGGGACCUUGCUGCUCAGGAGGAUGCUGCAGAGGAACAUUGUGUUCGAUGACAUUGCAUAUUCACUGAUCGUGCAUGCUUAUUGUCUUAAUGGUGAUCUGAAGUCGGCGCGUGAGCAAUGGGACGACAUGGUCCGCCGAGGCUGUCACCUGAACGCUUUUGUGUAUACUUGCUUCAUCGGAGGGCAAUGCCACGAAGGAAAUGUCAAUGAGGCCAUGCAGUUGCUUCAAGAAAUGCUGUCUAUUCGGUUGAAGCCGUAUGAUGCUACGUACAGUCACCUCAUCACAGGGUGCUUUAGACAAGGUAGAGUGGAAAAGGGCUCGGAGUACUUUGAUAAGAUGCUCCAUGAAGGCCUUGUACCGGAUAUUGCCACCUGCAAUGAGAUAUUAGAGGCAAUCUGUGAAGCAGGAGAGGUCGGUAAGGCGAACGAGUUGGUAACCGCAAUGAUAGACAAAGGAAUUAUUCCUGACCAGGAUACAUACUGUAGGCUCAUUGAUGGAUAUGGCAAGGUUGGUGAUUCGCAAGGUAUUAUCAAGAUUUAUCAUGAGAUGGAGCAUAGAAGACUUACUCAUGGUGUUGAAGUAUUUACCUCCGUGAUCAGGGGCCUAUGCCAGUGUGGGAAUCCAAAGGAAGCUGAGAAGUAUGUGACUGUGAUGGAAAGGAAACUGCUGGCUCCGACUAGUGGCAUACACGAUACGUUGAUCAGCAGUUACUGCAAGAAGGGUAACACGAAGAGUGCACUUCGGUUAUACGACAAGAUGAUGACACGGGAUGAGAAGCAAAUCCCCUCUGCAGAUACUUUUAUGAUGCUGGUGAGAAGAGUCAUCAGAGUAAGGACUACUUGUUCCCCUGAUACCUGAUUACAGUAUCUCACAGUGAGAUUGUCGAGAAGGGUCGUUGAUCAGAGAAAAUCUGAAGAGGAUAGGCAAAGGAAUAGGAAGAGAAAGCUAUUCUUAUUCACUACUAAUGCUGCAUCUUCAUAUCUCUUAUAGAGAAGUCGAGGGUACAGGAGGGCUUGGAGUUCUUUGACAUGAUGCUCCAUGAAGGCCUUUUGCUGGAUAUUGGCACCUGCAAUGAGAUCUUCAGAGGCUCUCUGCGACGCAGGAGAGGUGAGAAAGGUGAACGAGUUGGUAACGACAAUGAUAGACCAAAGGAAUUAUUCAUGACCAGUAUUCUUACUGUCGGCUCAUUGAUGGUUAUGGUAAUAUUGGUGAUGCACAAGGUAUUGUCAUUUGUCAAGAUUUAUCAUGACAUGAACUCAGAGUACACUUCGGCUAUACAACAAGAUGAUGGCACAGGAUGAGAAGCUUAUCCGCUCUACAGAUGCGUUUAUGAGGCUGGUGAGAAGAGUCGUUAGAGUAAGGAUUAAUUGUUCCCCUGACACGUAAUCGUGCAGUUAGAUUGUUGAGAAGGGUGGUUGAUGGAAGGAAAGCUGCAGGGAGAAGGCAAAGGAAAAGAAGGUUGUGGCCCUUAUUCAGUAUGUGGAUAUAUGGUGCGUCUGCAUACCUCUUUUACUUAUCAGAAGUUCAGCAAGUGUCCUGUGUACUCAGGAUCCCAUAGUUAAAUUGUUGAGAAGGGUCGUUGAUGGGAGAAAAGCGUUUUGAAGCGGAUAGGCAAAGGAAAAGAAAGAGAGGCUCUUAUCCGGUACUCGAUGCUGCGUCUGCAUAUCUUUUAUAGAGAAGUCGAGGGUACAGGAGGGCUUGGAGUUCUUUGACAUGAUGCUCAAUGAAGGCCUUUUGCUGGAUAUUGGCACCUGCAAUUUGAUCUUUAGAGGCACUCUGCAACACAGCAGAGGUCGGCAAGGCGAACGAGUUGGUAACGACAGUGAUAGACGAAAGGAAUUGUUCGCGAUCAGGAUACAAACUAUAGGCUCAUUGAUGGUUAUGGCAAGGUUGGUGAUGCAGAAGGUAUUGUCAAGAUUUAUCAUGACAUGAACACACUUUGUCUAUGCAACAAGAUGAUGGCACGGGAUGAGAAGCUUAUCCGCUCUGCAGAUAUGUUUAUGAGGCUGGCGAGAAGAGUCAUCAGAGUAAGGACUACUUGUUCCCCUGACACGUAAUCGCGCAGUUAGAUUGUUGAGAAGGGUGGUUGAUGGAAGGCAAAGGGAAAGAAGGUUGUGGCCAUUAUUCAGGGACUACGUGAAUACGUGAUGCGUUUGCAUACCUCUUUUACUUAUCAGAAGUUCAGUUCAAUUACGAUGCGGAACCUGUGCUGGGCAGGCCGGGCCGUAGUAAACCAGCGUCAAGCAUUGGCCCAGCCCACAGCAACCUGUGCAGAACCCGUGCUAAGCUGGCCGGUCCGUUAGCUUAGCUUAGCGUUGUUCUGUUCUGUUCGUUCGUGUCACUGCACACUGCAGUGACAUUUUCACUAGUCCGGUCAGUCAGCGGAUGUCUUUGGGCAUGCCGUUAUCGAUGGCUGAUUCGGCGACACCAUGAUUGCAGGGGAGGCUGGGUCUUGGAGAAUGUCAGUCAGGGACGUGCUCUUCUUCCUUGGUAUCAUUAGUUUCCGUUCUUUCUCUUAUUCGUAGAAACAAUUGUAUGUCAAACCUGAUCUGCUGAUCUCUACUUGUAAUAAAAUGGAGCAGUAAAACUAAACAAUUGCAUGUCAAACCUGAUGUGUUCAUACUAA